AUGCCUGAGCUAGCGGAGAUCCACCGCAUUGUGCAUUUCAUUCGUCAGCAUUUGGUUGGAAAGACGUUGUCCAAAGUACAGGCACAAAACGAUGAUAUCGUAUUUGGCAAGGUCGGCACCAGCGCCACUGAAUUCCAAAAGGCGAUGCAGGGGAAAAAGGUUGUCGGGGCAGGGCAACAGGGAAAAUAUUUCUGGAUCACCAUGUCUUCACCACCUCAUGCUGUGAUGCAUUUUGGAAUGGCUGGCUGGCUGAAGAUCAAGGAUGCUGAUACCUACUACUACCGGUCCGACAAGCCUGCCGACAAGGAAUGGCCUCCCAAGUACUGGAAGUUCCUGUUGGAAACUAGUGACGAGCCGAAGACAGAGGCUGCAUUCGUUGAUGCCCGCAGGCUUGCUCGCAUUCGACUAGUUGAUUGUCCAGCUGAUGAUAUCCGAGACCAUACUCCCCUCAAGGAGAACGGACCUGAUCCUGUGACCGACAAGGAUAUCGUUGAUGAGACAUGGCUGAAGGAGAAGGUUGGAAAGAAAAGAGUGCCUAUCAAAGCUCUUCUAUUGGACCAAGCCAAUAUCAGUGGAAUUGGAAAUUGGAUGGGUGACGAGAUCCUCUAUCAUGCCAAGAUACAUCCCGAGCAGUACAGCAACACUUUGAAUGACGAUCAAAUCAAGGAGCUUCACGAUGCUAUCCAUUAUGUUUGCUCGACAUCAAUAGGUGUGCUGGCAGACUCGGAGAAGUUCCCAGAGCACUGGCUCUUCAAGCACCGAUGGGGAAAGGGCAAGAAGAACCAGCCAGCGGUCCUUCCUAAUGGCGACAAGAUCACUUUCCUCACCGUUGGAGGCCGAACGAGUGCCGUUGUUCCGGCAGUUCAGAAGAAGACCGGUGCAGUCGCUAAAGAUAUCGACGACGAUGCUACCAAUGGCACACCCGCAAACUCAAAGCGCAAGCGAGUGGCCCCGAAGAAAGAAAAUGACUCAGAGGCAGAAGAGACCAAGUCUAAAAAGCGAGGUACAUCGAAACAGAAGGAAGAAACGAUUAAGAGCGAAGAAUCGGAAGAGGAGAAACCUAAGCCAACUCCCGUUGGUAGAAGACGAUCUACUCGCACAAAAUAG